UGAGAACAUAGGAAGUCAAGUCAGAAGAACAGGGAGAGACAACUGUGCUUCCAGAGUCCAGAGGCCCAGAGAUGUCACUUUCAUACAUCUGUCCAUCCAUCAUCCCUCCCACCUUCUCAGAAGUGAUGCCAGUCUUUGGAGGGAAAGGGUCUCAUCAAUCCCUGGCCAAGGUUGGAAGGUUGUUCUAAUGCCAAGGAAAAGUUACCAACUAGAAUAGAACAAGCUCUAGCCCUGCUCUCUUCUUGACUUGACCUCAGUCUCCUCACCUGUAAAAUGGGAACAGUUGGAUCAGAAGGUGGGUGGGGGCUUUCCAGUUCUAAUAUUCCAUGGCUGACCCUUCAGCCCCUGAUGUCAUAAUAUGGAGCUGGACCAUGAUUGGCCCAUAGCCUCAACCAGCUCUGCUGUUCUCUUGGUCAUGGGCACAAGAUGGACUUGUCAUGGGCCUUCCCUAUUUGUGCUCUUCUGUUAUGGGCAGCUCUUGCCAUGGCUCAGGACUGAGGGUGAUCAGAACUUAGACAAGUUCUACAAUGAGACCAUGGCAAAGAUGUUCCUGCAGUUUUAUGAGCAUACCGCCCAGGUUGUAUGGAACCAGUUCAUGGAGGCCACCUGGAACUAUGUCACCAACAUCACCAAGAAAAACCGGGCGGAGAUCCUGCACAAAGACUCAGAGAGGUCCCAGCACAUGCCGUACUUUGGCACUUGGGCCCGCCUGUUUAAGAUCUCCAGGUUCCAGGACCCGGACAUGAAGCGCAUGCUGAGUAAGCUGCAGAACAUAGACAAGGCAACCCUGCCCCAGGACGAGCUCGGGAGGUGAUGGAUGGAGCCCCCAUGUCUCCAGUACAACAUGCUUCUGGCCUACAUGGAGACGGCAUACAGCAUGGCCCAGGUGUGCCUGAAUGAGGGACCCUGCCUACCCCUGGAGCCUGACCUUGAAGAAGUCAUGGCCACCUCCCGGGAUGAGAAGGAGCUGCUGUGGACCUGGCAGGGCUGGCAGGAUGCUGUGGGUCAUCAGCUCUGCAUCACCUUCAAGUGCUAUGUGCAGCUCAGCAACAGGACUGCAAAGCUCAAUGGUUACAAAGACAUGGGGGCCUUGUGGCGGUAAGAGUCUGACACCCUGCAACACGACCUGGAGCAGCUUUACCAAGAGCUGCAGCCACUCUACCUAAACCUGCACACCUACAUGUGCCGGGCCCUGCACCGCCACUACGGGUCAGAGCUUAUCAACCUGCGGGGACCCAUCCCUGCCCACCUCCUAAGGAACAUGUGGGCUCAGUUCUGGGUCAACAUCUUAGACCUGGUCCUGCCCUUCCCAAAGAAGCCUCUUGAGGACAUCACAAAAAUCAUGAAAAGCCAGCACUGGAAGCCCUCAAAAAUGUUCGAAGGGGCUGAAAAAUUCUUCACCUCCCUGGGGCUGCUUUCCACCCCUCCCAACUUCUGGAAAACUUCAAUGAUGGAAAGGCCAACCGAUGGGCGAGAGGUGGAGUGCCACGCCUCUGCCUGGGACUUCUACAACGGCAAGGACGUCAGGCUAAAGAAGUGCACUGAGGUGACCAUAGAAGACCUGCUCUCCAUCUUCCACCAGAUGGGCCAUAUCCAGUACUUCUUGCAGUACAAGAACCUCUCUGUGAUCUUCCAUGAAGGAGCCAACCCAGCCUUUGAAGAGGCCGUGGGGUCGAUGGUCACCCUCUCGGCCUCCUCCCACAAAUACCUGCUCAACAGAGUCCUGCUCAGCCACCAGCACCAGGACUCAGAGGAGGAGGUCAAUUUCCUGAUGGGCAUCGCCCUGGAGAAGAUCGUCUUUAUCCCCUUCGCCUACCUGAUGGACCUGUUUCACUGGAAGGUCUUUGAUGGCACCAUCCGGAAGGACGUCUACAACCAGGAGUGGUGGAACUUGAGGUUGAAGUACCAGGGCCUGUGCCCCGCCCCCAUCCCUCGGACAGAGGAUUACUUUGAUCCUGGUGCCAAGUUCUACAUUUCUGCCAGCGUGCCCUACAUACGGUACUUCAUCAGCCUAGUACUCCAGUUCCAGUUCCACGAUGCUCUGGCCUCAGGCCAUGUGGGCCCAUUGCACCGAUGUGACAGCUAUAACUCCAAGAUAGCUGAGAAGCUCCUGGAGGAUGUCCUAAAGCUGGGCUCAAGCAAGCCCUGGCCAGAAGUCCUGCAGAAGAUAACCGGGCAGACCAAAGUGUCUGCAAAGGCCCUCAUGACUUACUUCAAGCCCCUCUUGAACUGGCUGGUCACCGAGAAUGUGCGGCAGGGGGAGAUCCUGGGCUGGCCAGACUUCAGCUGUACCUUUGAAGAAAAAGACACAGACAAGGUGACAUUUCUGAGUCUGGAGCUGGAUGCUGACCAGGCCAAAUUUGGGCAGUGGGUGCUGCUGGCCCUCAGCUUUGUCAUGUUCCUGGUGGCCCUACUGCUGGCCUGCAGGCUGUACUCCCUGGAAAAAAGGUCAUUGUCCCAGAACACCAAAGCACAGAACACCAGUUCACAGGACUCCAGUGCACUCAAGACACAGCCCAAGGCCUACUUCCUGGGGAUAGCCAUGGAGCCCUGCCUGGUUGCCAAAAGACAGUGGAUCCUGCUGGGCCUCUGCCUCAUCCUGACGCUGUGCUCAAUCAGCCUGAUCAUUCAAAUUCUCACACAGCACAACAGGAAGCCUCUGUGGAUGAGAGCUGAAUGGUGGAGCUGGGACUAGACACCAGUACAACUGCUGUUAGCACCAUAAUGGCAGGACACCCAUCAGGAGUGUGCCCCUGCAUAACAUCUUUAGGUGGCACAGGCCAUAGAACAUAGAAGACUUGGAAACUGUAUGAAUGAGAAAGCUCUAAGUCCCUCCUCAGAGCUCAGCAUUCUGCUCUGAGUUCAUGAGAAACAGCCCCACCUUUCCUACACAGUCAGCCUGCACCCCCACACAAGGGGCAGCCAGGACAACUCUGCCUCACUAGGAGGCCACACUUGCAGCCCUCCCAUUCCCCAGCCACAGUGGCCAACAAGGCCCCCAUCAGGCAUUGUGGCUCUGCGUGGCAAAGGCACACCCAGCCUAGGACUCUAAGCCUCUUAUCUGGACUCCAGCGAAAACCUCACUGAGCCUCCUUGUCCAUCCUCUCUCCCCCACCCGCCAUUGUAAAGUUUCUUUCACUGAAAUACUUCCUUUGUGUCUAACUGCUCAAGAACUUGGUUGUCCAUCAAUUAAAUCUAGAUGUUCAAAAUGGCAUCUGAGGGUCUUUAUCAAUUCACCUUUUGUCCAAACUUCACCCCUCCUAUGCCCCAGCUCAGUCCCUUUGCAUUGAUUCCACCAUGGGCCUUUGCCUAAGGUGUAUGCCCCAUUUGAAUGUUUGCCUUCGAAGGCCUGACUCAAAACUGGUCAUUGGAUACUCUGCAAAGUUCCAAGACCACUGAGAUGCUCAAUGAACAGUGAUCCCUUUCUCUCUCUCUCCUCUCCAAGAAACCUCUUUCAAUAAACCUCACCCCAUCCCCAUCUGCUCUUCUAGUGUAUUCAUUUUCAAUCAGUACUCAGACACUUUUAUCAGUGGUCACUUGCUAAUAGGUGGUUUUAAAUCUAUUCUCCUCCCAAGCAGUGCCUGUAUGCUAAGAGCUCUCAGGUCCCUGAAGAAGGUACCUUAUUGUAUUAUUAUUAUUAUUAUAUUUUUUUUUUGUACACCUUCAUAUGCACUCCAACCUCAUUAUCCCAGGGCCAGGGCCACGUUAAGCUUGCCACUUAGGAGCUCUGCAUGGACACAGGGAUUGGGCACUUAGCAAGGUCGUGUUAAGAGGGCUAUAAUAGCUCCUUCUGCUCCCCCACUCCCCACCUUCUACCUGAAAGACUUGGCCCAGCAACGUCCUGACUGCCCUUCGGUAUCGGUAUUGGGAGAGUGUCGGAGCGGGGUUGAGGCCAUUGGCCAGUGGGACAGGAGCAAAAGAAGCUCCUGAGAGGAGCCCUGACCGCAUUCCUGGCUCGGCACUUCUGCCCAGCUCCACCCCC